CCUGUUUCGUCUCUUGGGCUUUGGAUUGGAUUGCCCGGGCAAAGAUAUUCAAGUCACUUGCAAGCUAAUAUCACGCGUCUUUGCGUGCUGGCAUGCCACGACUUCGGAUACUCGCUGGGCCCUCUCUAGAUGAGCUAGUCCCCAUUGAAGCGAACUCUGGAGUUCCUCUACACAUAAAGUCAGACGUUUUUGAAGGGCAGAUUCUUGUAUACAUCAAAGGUUUCGCCGAUACGAACGGGGACGUUGGAGAUAGUUCGUACUUUGAGCAGAAGGAGAGGAAAGGUAUUACUUGGAGUAUUCAAGUGCAAGGGCGGUUCCUUCAGCCACAUAAUGCCGACGACGUACUAUUCGGAAAUGUGUUCGAUAGGCCGCUGAAGCUUCCGUGGGGCUUCAGUGCUGCUCUGAAAUUCAUGAAAUAUAUCGAUCCUACAUUAGAACAAGAUCUUACGUCUAAUUCAAAACCAUGGGCUCUUUCGCCUCUCGUUGCUACCAUGCCUCAUCUCGAGCACAGACGAAUAGACGAGACCCACCAUCCGCCGCCUUUUCCACCAAAGAAACCAAUAGCAGAUGAUAUAAGCCACCUGCCUGUCCAUUCUCAUAAAGGAAAAGCACAUGAACGUAAACCGAAACGUCGAGCAUACUUCCACCAUGCAGCGAGACGGAAAGAGGUGAAGUUUGGCCCCGAGGAUCUCCUCACAACAGACUUUUGCUACGACUAUCUGGAAUUCAGUCCCGAAGGCGUCGUCCUGAGACUCCCCGUGGGUAUCUCGAUAGACAUGUUGCGAUAUUGGGACGGUCAGCCAGUACGAUUUGUUUGUUGUGAGCGGAUACCAAAGGGUUCGACGAGAGAUGGCGUCCCGUGGGGUAGAGUGUUUUGGUGUGUCGUUAUCGAGUCAGCGGAGGAUGAGCAUGAAAAGGGUGUGCGGUAGAAAGCACUUUUGACAAUAUGUGCAACCUACUCUAUAGAUCAUUCAGCGUAUGAUACCCUCAUUCUAUAUACAGACCUCAUGAUAUAUAGUGCUCAUAAAAUAUUAGUCAAUUA